AUGAAGUUCUUUAACCUUAUCACUCUCGUUUCUCUUGUCUCGGCUUUCCCUCAAUUCCGCCGACAAGAAACCGUCGUUGGAACUAUCAAGAGCGCUGUUGACACUCUUGCCGACACCACAUUCACAACACUCACUAUAAUUGAAAACGCUGCUGCUACUCUCAAAAACACCACACGGGGUACCGAUGCCACCGUAGAAGCUCAGAUCGCCAUCCAAGCCAGCCUUGAGGAAAUCGCCGAUGCUCUACAGACUGCCACUACCCAAAUCACCCGUGUUACCACCGGUGCUGUAGGAAAUGUCGGUGGUCAAGUCUCUCGUCUCUCUUCACGACAGGUUGUCCAACUCACCGCUGUGCUUCGACGCACCAUCGGCACUCUGGACGACACCCUCGAUACGGUCUCUGGCCUUCUCAAGGACCUAACUCCUGAGGUUCAGGCUACGAUCGAGGCUGAGCUGAACGCUCUGAGACAAUCCGUCAAUCCUUUGCUCCGCCCUCUGCUCCUCUUUACCGCUGCUGUCCGAAACGCUGUCCCUAGGCUUGGGGGUGGUAUUGUUCGAGGAUUAGAUUCAGCCUUUACCAACUUGAUCCAACUUCAACGGGAGCUUGUUUCCGACAUUGGUGUUCCCCGAAUGGGAGGCAUUUAG